UCUACUGUUAGAAGGCUUAAGAACGAACAUUUCAAAGCUCAUUUCAAUCAUCAUCGUCAUCAUGAUUCUUCAUUCAAUAUUCAUGAUGGUGAUUCUUCGUCCUUAUUACCUCACCAUUUCACUACUUUUUCUCGCUUCACCAAACUCGUCCUCAUACGUCAACAAAAUGAGACAACCUUUUUCAAUCUUCUUCACAAUUCUCCUCCUCGCCGUCACACUCCCGCCGCCAUGUGCCGUCGUCUCCGCCGGCUCCGGCCAGUGGCAGCUUCUUCAGAAAAGCAUCGGCAUUGUCGCCAUGCACAUGCAGCUCCUCCACACCGACACUAUACUCAUCUUCGACCGCACCGACUUCGGCCUCUCCAACCUGUCCCUCCCCGGCGGCCGCUGCCGCCACGACCCCAACGAACGGGUCGUCAAAACAGACUGCACUGCCCACUCCGUCGAAUACGACGUCGCCUCCAACACCUUCCGCCCCCUUUUCCUUCAAACCAACAUAUGGUGCUCCUCCGCCUCCGUCGCCGUCGACGGAACGCUGGUUCAAACCGGCGGCUUCAACGACGGCGACAGAGUUGUGCGGACAUUUUUCCCUUGCGCCACCUGCGACUGGAAAGAAAUCCCCGGCGGCCUCGCCGUGCGCCGCUGGUAUGCCACCAACCAUAAACUCCCGGACGGGCGCCAAAUCAUCGUCGGCGGCAGAAGACAAUUCAACUACGAGUUUUACCCUAAAAGCUACGCCACAGCCAAAAACGCCUACUCCUUACCCUUCCUCGUUCAAACCACAGAUCUUUUCGAAGAAAACAACCUCUACCCCUUUGUUUUCCUCAACGUGGAUGGCACCCUCUUCAUCUUCGCCAACAACAAAGCCAUUCUCUUAGACUACACCAAAAACGCCGUCGUUAAAACGUUCCCCAACAUUCCCGGGAACGACCCCAGGUGUUACCCCAGCACCGGUUCUGCUGUUCUCAUACCCUUACGCAGUAAAACCCCAGACUUUUCUUUUACCGAAGCUGAGGUUUUAAUCUGUGGCGGAGCCCCGAGAGGGGCUUAUACUCAAGCCAAAAGAAAGCAUACAUUUAUCGGAGCUUUGACAACCUGUGCUCGGAUUAAAAUAACCGACCCGAAUCCAACCUGGGUCGUGGAGACAAUGCCCGGAGGUAAAGGUAGACUCAUGGGCGAUAUGCUUCUCCUUCCAAACGGCAACGUUUUGAUUAUUAACGGUGCAGGUUCCGGAAGCGCUGGCUGGGAAUACGGGCGCGACCCGGUUCUGGCUCCGUUAGUUUAUUACCCGGAUAACAAUCCCGGGUCGAGGUUCGAGAUUCUUAACGCCAGCAAUACUCCUCGAAUGUAUCACUCAACUGCGAUUUUAGUUCGUGAUGGAAGGGUUCUGGUUGCUGGGAGUAACCCCCACGUGGGGUACAAUUUCUCGCACGUGAUUUUCCCCACCGAGCUUAGCAUUGAAGCUUUUUCGCCGCCGUAUUUAGAAGCUGCGUUUCAGAAUGUGCGUCCGAGAAUCGUUGGUCCGGUGUCGGGGACGAGGGUAGCCUACGGGCAGACAGUAAAGGUUCGGGUCGACGUGGCAAGCGGGUCUUUGGUUCGGAGUUUGGUGCGGGUGACGGUGCUGGCGCCGCCUUUCAACACGCACUCGUUUUCGAUGAAUCAGAGGAUGCUGGUGCUGGAACCCAGCAACGUGACAAACGUUGAUGGACCAACAAUGUUUGAGUUUGAGGUGACAACACCCGGUUCGCCCGUUCUUGCACCACCCGGUUUUUAUCUACUGUUUGUGGUCCACCAAGAAAUUCCAAGCGAAGGAAUUUGGAUCCAAAUUCUUUAAUCCUUAUCACAACAAAACCCUAAUUAAAAAAUAGAAAUUCAUAUUUAUAUAACCUUAUAAUAUUGCUUGUGUAUAGUUUCUAGUAAUAUUAACUACAAGUGUAUGACAUCCUAGUUGCAUGUGGAUAGAAGGAUUUGGUGUGGUCACCGGAAAAUGUCCGUGACUAAUAUAAAGAUAAUCUUUAAAUU